AGCCACUCGACUUUCAAGAUUUCCCACUCUCAAAGGACGUACAUCAGACUGGUCACGAGUCUACAAAGACGCGCCGUAAAUGGAUGGCGCAUGUAUCUCUUGCUGCUUUGGUGGCUUCUGAGCCCCAGGUCUUUGAAUAUUCCCACCUCAUGAUUCCCAGAAUUGACAUUCCUACGACCCACGGGUCGAGAUUAAAUUGGUCGCAGUCUAAGUCAAAGCCUUGAUAGUGUGUUCAGUAGUAAUCAACUUCAGAGAAUCACAAGCUGGCCUACUGUUCCUUCUCAAGACGGUUGAUUUCCACUAUGGCAUCUUCAAAUUCAAAGGUGUGGUUUGUGACUGGAGCGUCUUCGGGUUUUGGUCGAGCAGUUACCGAAGUCAUGCUCCAAAAAGGAGACAAUGUUGUUGCGACUCUGCGGAAACCUGCUAUGCUAGAUGACCUCGCGAAUCUGUACUCAAAGAAUCGGCUUCUCGUCUUGCCUCUGGACGUCACAGUUCCUUCUGAUAUCACUACCGCUUUUCUCAAAGCACGUGAGGCCUUUGGCCGCAUCGACGUUGUUUUCAACAAUGCGGGACUAUGCACAAUCGGUGAAGCGGAAGGAAUGCCUGAUGACGACGCAAAGCUCCUGUUCGAUACAUUGUUUUGGGGUGCCGCAAACGUCACGAAAGAAGCUGUGGCAACGUUUAGAGAUUUCAACCAACCCCGUGGGGGGCGUCUCUUGCAAAUGUCAUCUCGUGCAGUCCUGCGAGUUGCUCCAGGAGUAGCGCACUAUGCCGCAGCUAAAGCAGCUCUUGAAUCUCUUUCGGAAGGGUAUGCUACUGAAUUGGAUCAAGCAUGGAAUAUUAAGAUCACUGUUCUUCAACCUGCUCGUUUCCGUACUGCCGCACCCUGGACCAAUACUCUCGUGCCAAUCCAUCCUGCGUACUCUGAUCCAAAUUUGCCUUCUAGACAGUUACGCAGCAUGUAUCCAGGAGCUGAGCGUUUUUCAGACGGAGACAUCUACAAAUUUUCACUGCAGAUGUAUAGGCUCGUGCAACUAGAUGAUCCUCCGUUUUAUCUCCCGUUGCACAGAACGGCCUUGGAAGCGGCAAAGAUCAAAGGCCAGAAGUUGUUACAAGCUGUCGAAGAUUACGGUAGUUGGUCAGAUGAUGUAUAUCUUGACGAGGAAAAUAGUCAGGGGCGAGCAUAAUUGUGCAAACUUCUUCAAUGCGCUAAUUUCCGACAUGUAGAGUUCGCAUGUGCCCUUGAGGGAAGCU